AUGACCAUGUACAAUCUGACUGGCUACAACACAGGUGCCUUCACCCUUUUGGGAAUUCCAGGACUUGAGCAGUACCACAUUUGGAUCAGCAUCCCCUUUUGCCUCAUCUAUUUCAUGGCCAUUGUGGGUAAUAGUAUCCUUCUCAUUGCAAUGGAGCAUAGUCUUCAUACACCGAUGUUCUUUUUUCUUUCUAUGCUGGUUAUUACUGACCUCAUACUGUCUACCACCUGUGUCCCAAAAGCUCUGAGCAUCUUCUGGUUUGGUCCUCAGGAAAUCAGCUUUCCCGGCUGUCUCACACAAUUAUUCUUUCUGCACUACAGCUUUGUUCUGGACUCAUCUAUACUGAUGGCCAUGGCAUUUGACCGCUAUGUGGCCAUCUGUUCACCCUUGAGAUACACCACUAUUCUGACCCCCAGGACCAUUGUCACAAUUGCUGUGGGCAUCUCCUUCAGAAGCUUCUGUGUUAUUUUCCCAUGUAUUUUCCUUGUAAAUCGUCUACCCUUCUGCAGGACACAUAACAUCCCUCACACAUACUGUGAGCACAUAGGUGUUGCCCGACUAGCCUGUGCUGACAUCUCCAUCAAUAUCUGGUAUGGGUUCUGUGUUCCCAUUAUGGCCGUCAUCUCAGAUGUGAUUCUAAUUGCUAUUUCCUACAUCCUCAUCCUCUGUGCUGUCUUUCGCCUCCCUUCUCAGGAUGCUCGCCAGAAGGCCCUGGGCACCUGUGGUUCCCACGUCUGUGUCAUCCUCAUGUUCUAUAUACCAGCGUUCUUCUCCAUCCUUGCACAUCGCUUUGGACAUAAUGUCCCUCGGACCUUUCACAUUGUGUUUGCCAACCUCUAUGUCAUUAUCCCACCUGCCCUCAACCCUCUUGUCUAUGGAGUAAAGACCAAGAAGAUCCGAAACAAAGUCAUUUUUCUGCUCUUUCCUAUGAGGUCCUAUUGA